AUGGCCGACGCUUCUUCCCAGCCCAACGGCAGCGCCGCUGCCGCCCCGCCCGCCGACCUCAUCAAGGCGCUCCUCGCCGCGCCGUCGGCCGAGGACUGCCACCUGGCGGCCGAGCAGAUCUGCAACCACGUCAACGCUGCGGGCCUGCGCAGCCUCGAGUCGGACAAGAUCCUCGACGCCCUCGUUAAGGCGUCCAAGAACAAGAAGAGCGGCUACGAGCGCGAGGCGGCCGCCAUCGGCCUCGACGCCGUCUUUGUCAAGGUCGGCGGCAAGAACGCGCCCAGCCCGCUCGGCGCAGAGCCGUGGCUCAUCUCGACGCUGCCCGCCAUCCUCGACCUUUACGCCGACAAGGGCGAUGUGGUGAGGGAGGCUGCCGAGUCGGCCGCCUCGUCCCUCUUUGCCCUCUUCCCCGCCGAGGCUGCGCCCGAGCUGCUCGACGCCCUCUACGCCGUGCUCGACUCUGGCAGCGCCAAGUGGCAGGCCAAGAUCGGCGCGCUCAAGCUGCUCGGCCGCCUGGCCAACUCGGCCAGCGAGCAGGUCGGCGAGCAGCUCGUCGAGCUCAUCCCGCACCUCACCCACGCCAUGCACGAGACCAAGGCUGAGGUGUCCAAGCAGGCGUUCAAGACGACGAUCAAGGUGUGUGAGGCGUGCCUCGACAACAACGACAUCCGCCCCUUUAUCCCGGACCUGGUCGGCUGCAUGGCGCGCCCCGACUCGGUGCCGGAGUGCAUCAAGAAGCUCUCGGGCACCACGUUUGUCGCCGAGGUCACCGGCCCGGCGCUCGCCGUCAUGGUCCCGCUGCUGGAGCGCGCGCUCAACGAGCGUAGCCAGACCGUGCAGCGCCAGACGGUCAUUGUCGUCGACAACCUGUGCAAGCUGGUGCGCGACCCGCACGAGGCGAGCCGGUUCCUGCCCACGCUGACGCCCGGCGUCGCGCGGAUCGAGAAGGGCGCCAGCUUCCCCGAGGUCCGCGACCACGCAAAGAGCGCCAUGGAGACGCUGCGCGCCGCCACGGCCGCCGUCGGCGACGCGGCGCAGUCCGAGGACCCCAAGAAGGUGUUUGGCCAGGCCAAGAACGCCGCACUCGACGCCAUCCUGGCCGCGGUGCAGCCCAACGUGGAUGCGGCGCACCCCAACGUCAAGUCGGACAAGUGGGCGCUGGUCGGCCUCGAGUGCGUGGCCAAGCUGGUGGUGCGGCUGGCCGACAAGCGCAUCGUCCAGGCGACUGCGUGGGACGACGUCUACGUGCUGCCCUACUUCCGCCGCGUCUGCGCGUCGGCCGAGGCGGCCCAGGCGGCCACCGACGAGCUGCGCAAGGUCUACGUCGAGCUCGACAAGGUGCGCUUCGGCCAGCCCGAGGAGGAGGACGACGACGCGGCGGGCGAGUGCCUGUGCAAGACCGAGUUCUCGCUGGCCUACGGCGGCCUGCUGCUGCUCAACCACACGACGCUCAAGCUGCACCGCGGCCACCGCUACGGCAUCGUCGCCGCCAACGGCAGCGGCAAGUCGACGCUGCUCAAGGCGAUGCGCGACGGCAAGGUCGAGGGCUACCCGACCCAGGACCAGGUGCGCACCAUCAUGGUCGAGCACAGCCUGCAGGGCGAGGACGGCUCGACGCCCAUCAUCGACUUUAUCGCCAACGACAAGAAGCUGGUGGGCAAGACGCGCGAAGAGGUGGCCGCCCGGCUGCGCGAGGUGGGCUUCGACGACGAGAAGCAGCAGAACCCCGUCGCCUCGCUGUCCGGAGGCUGGAAGAUGAAGCUCGAGCUGGCGCGGGCGAUGCUGUCGGACGCCGUCGUCUACCUGCUCGACGAGCCGACCAACCACCUCGACGUCGGCUCCGUCGCCUGGCUCGAGAACUUCCUCGUCUCCAACAACCAGAUCACCGUCGUCACCGUGUCGCACGACAGCGGCUUCCUCGACAACGUCUGCACCGACAUCAUCCACUACGAGAAAAAGAAGCUGCGCUACUACAAGGGCAACCUGAGCGACUUUGUCAAGACCAAGCCCGAGGCCAAGUCGUACUACUCGCUCGGCUCGUCGACGGUCAAGUUCUCGUUCCCGCCGCCCGGCAGCCUGAUGGGCGUCCGCUCCAACACGCGCACCAUCCUCAAGAUGUCCAACUGCACCUUUACCUACCCGGGCAUGUCGAAGCCGUCGCUGGUCGACACGUCGUGCGCCAUCUCGCUCAGCAGCCGCGUCGGCGUGCUGGGCCCCAACGGCGCCGGCAAGAGCACGCUGAUCAAGCUCCUUACCGGCGAGACGGUGCCGCAGGAGGGCAAGGUCGAGAAGCACCCCAACCUGCGCAUCGCUAUGAUGGCCCAGCACGCCUUCCACCACCUCGAGCAGCACCUCGAGAAGACGGCGUGCGAGUACAUCGCCUGGCGCUACCAGGACGGCCACGACCGCGAGGUGACGGAAAAGGCGUCGCGCAAGAUGUCGGAAGAGGAAAAGGCGCAGAUGGAGACGCCGAUCAAGUCGACGUCGGGCGAGGUGCGCCGCGUCGAGUACAUCGUCGGCCGCCAGAAGCUCAAGAAGUCGUACCAGUACGAGAUCAAAUGGCGCAACCUCGAGCACCGCCACAACACGUGGAUCCCGCGCGAGCGCCUGCUCGAGCUCGGCUUCGACAAGAUGGUGCAGCAGUUCGACGACUUUGAGGCGUCGCGCGAGGGCGCCGGCUCGCGCGAGAUUUCCGUCAAGCUCAUCCGCCAGCACCUCGAGGCCGUCGGCCUGCAGGGCGAGAUCGCCCAGCACCACGCCGUCGGCGGCUACAGCGGCGGCCAGAAGGUCAAGGUGGUGCUGGCGGCGGCCAUGUGGAACAACCCGCAGGUGCUGGUGCUCGACGAGCCGACCAACUACCUCGACCGCGACGCCCUCGGCGGCCUCGCCACGGCCAUCCGCGACUGGGGCGGCGCCGUCGUCAUCAUCUCGCACAACAUGGAGUUUGUCGGCGCCCUCUGCCCCGAGAUCUGGAACGUCGAAAACGGCCGCAUCACGUCCAAGCACCGCACCGACCUCGCCGACGGCGCCUUCCUCGACGAGUCGGCCGCCUCGACCCCUGGCGCAUCGAUGCCGUCGACGCCCCUGCCCGGCUCCGUGGCCGCAUCCCGCCUCAACUCCAAGGCCGGCACCCCCAUCUCGUCGGCGGCCGCCACGCCCGUCGGCUCCGACAACGAAGGCGCAGACGCCGACAUGUCGAAAUUCAAGGCGAAGAAGGGCAAGAAGAAGAUGACGCGCAACGAGAAGAAGGCGCAGGAGGAGAGGCGGAGGCUGCGGCUCAGCCGGUGGCUCACCUACGGCGGCGAGCGCGAGCCCGACACCGACGACGAGUAG